UUGACAACACACACACAACACACAGUGAGAAGGACGAAAUGAGAAGGAAGGGACCUCUGAAGAAAAAGAUCUGUUUUCACUAUAAAUAAAUAAAAACCAGAAAGGGGACAGCUAGCGAAGGACAAGGCCAUAAAUGAGAGAGUAAUCCAAAUUCAUAUUUGUAUUUGUAUAUAAAAUUCUCUCUGUGCAACGACGGGCCUGUAAGUGCAUGUGGGUUUGUGAGCUUAUUAUUCCAUUAUCUUCCAGUCCUCUUUGAAGGGUCCCUCUCUUCCAUUCUCCCUCAAAUUUGGUGGAUUCUUGAAAGUACAUUGAGUUCUUCACAAUGAAUUCAUACAUUUUGUGUAUAUAAAAUUACAUAUAUAUAUACAUAGUUACGUUGUUGAAGAUAUAGUGGAUAAAUUCUGAGAUCAUGAAGAACAAAGAUGGAAAACCAACAUCUUACCCCGAUAAAGGUUCAAGGACAGUCCCCAUGGCAAUAAUGUUUGUUGUGCUAUGUGGGUUUUCAUUCUAUCUUGGUGGAAUAUUUUGCUCUGAAAAGGACAGAUAUGUUGCCAAGGACAUCACCAAAGCAGUCGAAACUGCCAAGCAAACAGCUGCAGGUCCACUAAAAAUCAAGGCUGUAACCUUUCCUGAAUGUGGCAUAGAUUAUCAGGACUACACUCCUUGCACGGAUCCAAGGAGGUGGAAGAAAUACAGUCUUCAUAGGCUUACUUUUAUGGAGCGGCAUUGCCCUCCGGUGUUCGAAAAGAAGGAAUGCUUAGUUCCCCCGCCUGAUGGGUAUAAGUUGCCGAUCAGAUGGCCUAAGAGCAGAGAUGAAAGUUGGUACAGAAAUGUUCCGUAUGAUUGGAUUAACAAGCAAAAAUCAAACCAACAUUGGCUGAAGAAAGAAGGGGAGAAGUUCCUCUUCCCAGGUGGCGGCACAAUGUUUCCUAAUGGUGUCAGUGAAUAUGUUGAUUCGAUGCAAGCUCUGAUACCCGGCAUGAAGGAUGGAACUAUCCGCACUGCCAUUGAUACUGGAUGUGGAGUCGCGAGUUGGGGAGGUGAUUUACUAGACCGUGGGAUUCUUACAAUCUCUCUUGCACCUAGAGAUAAUCACGAAGCUCAAGUUCAAUUUGCUCUGGAACGUGGAAUUCCUGCAAUUCUGGGCAUCAUCUCAACCCAGCGACUUCCUUUCCCUUCAAACUCAUUUGACAUGGCACAUUGCUCAAGAUGCCUAAUUCCAUGGACCGAAUAUGGUAAUCACCCACGUAUUAUUUUAGAUCGAAACACGUACUUACUUUUCUCUAUAAUUAAGUAGUUACAUGGGUCAAAUCAAAACCCUGUUCAACUAUGCGAAUCAUCUUCUCAUCCUUAACAUCUCCCAAAUUUAUCUACGAAUCUGAAAGCAGUAGCUUGUCCAUAUUUGCACAAAAUUUGUGUCAUCCUGGACAUGUGUAAGUUGUUGAACAACUCAUCUAAAAGCUUA